UUGAAAAUUCAAGAGCCGGUUGCUGAAAAAAUCCGUAAACGAGAGAAGGGAGGAGAGGAGAGAGAGUGUGUUGGACAAGUGAGAGAAAACAUCGGUGUGCCGUUCGAUUAGAUUCCUCGAAAAUUUCAGUCGACGGUUAAAGUUUGCCACGUGGAAUCAACACGAUACGGUUGUUGUUUCGAACUCCGCCCAUUCACAUUGCAAAACCCUAGCGAUUUCUGACCGUCAGAUUUUGAUCUAUCGGUGGAAGGGAAGAAAAGUACGUUGACUUUCAAAACCCACUUAUUUCUUAAAAUUACCAAUCUCUCCCCCAAAUAUUUCAAAUUUGAAAAUUAGGCCCUUUAUCUCUCCGUUUCACUUUAAAACCCCAAAAUAACAAAACAAAUAGAAAAAAAGCCUCAAAAAAAUAGAGAAGCCGCCAUUGUUGCAGGAUUUUUGCGGAAUAGUUAGAACAAUGGGGAAAUUAGGGAAAAAGGCGAGGAAAUUUGCGAGGAAGAAUCUUCAAUCCGUGUUGAAAAGAAAGCGGAAGUUGAAAUCUAUGUUCAAAAAGAAAGGUUCUAAAAGAGAUGAGCAGGAUGGAGCCCAAAACAUAGAAGAAGAUCAAAUAGGGAAAUUUAAUGGAAGAGACUUGGAAGGUGAAAAUAUAGAUGAUGCUGCACUGGAUGCGGUAUUUAGUGAUGAGAGCGAUGUGGUUGAAGAUGAUUCAGAGAGUGAUGGAUAUUUAUCUGAGGACUCGGGCUUUGCACAUUUGGAUGAAAAUGGAAGUGAGAGUAAUCAAGAAGAUAUGGAUGCAGACAACGAUGGUGCUAGUGAUUUAUUGGUGCAAAACAGGGAAAUUCUUUUAGAACUUACGGAGAAGAAGAAAAAAUUAGAGAGGUUGCAGACAAAGGACCCUGAAUUUUCUAAGUUUCUGGAAAGCUAUGAGAAUGGCCUCGAAAAAUUGAGGGAUGAGGAGAGUUAUUCAGAUGAGGAUAAUACUAGUGACGACGACACAGAGAAUUCCAGGAAAGGCUCUGUAAAUUUAAGAAUGGACAAGUUAUUGACUAGCUCUGCCUUUAACUCUUUGUGCCAACUAGUCAGAGAACAGCAUAAUAUAUCUGCACUUACUAGUUUAUUAAAUGGGUAUCGAGCUGCUUGCCAUUAUGGAACUGAAUUAUCUGGUCUUCUUGAUGUCGGCUCUUGCUAUGGACUUAAAGAUAGCAAAACUUUGUCCAAGAUUUUAAUCUUCAUGCUUCAGGAGGCUGAUAAUAUUUUUCGAGAAACGCUAGGAAUAUCAUGUUCUAGUUGCAAAAAAGAGACCAUUUUGGAGUUGAAGAAUAGUUCAAAAUGGAAAACUAUGAAACCACUGAUCAAGUCUUAUUUGAGAAGUACACUAUUUCUUCUGAAUCAAGUUACUGACUCGGAGAUACUUGCCUUCUCCUUGGUUCGACUCAGAGCAUCUAUUAUAUUUUUCGCUGCUUUUCAACCGUUGCUGCACAGACUGAUCAAGAUUGCAGUCCAUUUGUGGGUAACAGGUGAAGGGACUCUUUCAUCACAUUCUUUCCUGGUCAUAAAAGAUGUGACUUCUGUGUUUAGCUCAGAUUGCCUUGACUCAUGCUUGAUUAAAACAUACAAGGCCUUUGUCGGUCACUGCAAAUUUGUUGAUCCAGUUUCAUCCAAACAUAUACAAUUUCUCCGUGACUCCUUUAUUGAGCUAUGCUCUCUAGAUAUGCAAAACUCAUCUAGAAAGGCUAUGGUUUGCGUCGAGCAACUUUCAAAGAUACUGCAAGCGGGCCUACGAACAAAGAAGAAGGAAGCUGUCAAAAGGAUAUGCAGUUGGCAGUAUACAAAUUGCAUUGAUCUGUGGGUUUCAUUUAUAUCAGCAAACAUACAAGAUUAUGAUCUUCAGCCUCUGUUGUACAUGAUCAUUCAGAUUAUCAAUGGAGUAGCUGUCUUGUUUCCUGGACCAAGAUAUUUGCCUCUAAGACUUAAAUGCAUUCAGUGGCUGAAUAACCUUUCCAGUUCAAGUGGGGUUUUCAUUCCUGUUACAUCAUUUGCUUUGGAUAUUUUGGAAUAUAAAACUAGCAAGGACAAUGGUAAUACUGGAAAAGACUUCAACUUCUCUUCGAGUGUGAAGUUGCCAAAACAUUGGUUAAAAUCUCGAAACUUUCAGGAAAAGUGUGUUUCUUCUGUCAUUGAAUUACUUGCAAUGCACUUUGCUCAGUGGAGUUAUCACAUAACUUUUCCUGAGUUGGCUACUAUCCCCCUCAUCCGCCUAAGGAAGUUUCAUGAGACGACAACCAUUGAGAGUUUCCGGCGUGUGGUGAAGCAAUUUAUUGACAAGGUGGAGGAGAACAUUGAAUUUGUACAGAGGAAGAGAGAUGAGGUGGCAUUUUCACCGAAAGAUCAUCAACCUGUUGAAUCAUUUUGGCAGUUAGAAAAGUCCAGUGCUAAUGCUCCAUUUACACAAUAUUACAAGAGUAUUAUGGAGAAGGCUGCUUCCAGAAAUCUGGUUAUGAAUCAGAAGAUAAGUUCCUUGUUUCAAAAGAAGUCCAAAAGAAGAAAACGACAACUUCCAAACAAUACCGUCCAUGUGGGUGCUAAUGAUGAAAAUGGUUCGGAGGAAAAGAAAGUAGAUUUGUCGAUUGACAAUGGAAGAGAUGGGAAAAUGAGAAAGAAAAGAAAAACCUAAGAUCGUUAAUUUCUGGUUGCCUCUGGUUACUAAUACGUAAGAGUAAGAAAACCCACGAAUUGUUAAUUCCUUCUCAUUUAAUAGACAAAUUAUUUAACGUGCUCCUAGGACUUUCUGAUUUCUGUUUGUAGAUCUGAAAUGCGAAGGAAAAAUUUUGUUUAGAGCUGCAGAAGUUAGGUUUUAAAGUUCGAACACCAAGUCAAACAAGUGUUGCAUGUGAUAUUAGUUGAGAGAAUAUAAUCUUGGACUAUCUGUUGGUUUAGAUUCUUUCACUGGUUCUUUGUUCAUCGACCCAUGAUGGAAAAUGAUGAUGACAAGAUGAAAACAAAAUAAAAAAAUGAAGUUGAUCUAUAUAUUAUUGAUU